AUUCUCGCCUGUAGGAUACACAGCCAUCUUGGAUCUUGCGAGGAGAGGGUGACAAACGGAAUGUUCAGUGCAACGAGAAAGAAGUUUGCGGAGGGGGUCGAAAGUGACUACUCUGAUGAGAGCAUGUACUAUGGCCAGACGUCAAUGUUCCCGCAUCGAUCGGAGAAAGACAUGCUGCCAUCUCCCUCGCCGUCAUCGUCAGGUCAAUUGUCACAGCUUGGUGCGAGUUUAUAUGGUCCUCAAAGUGCACUAGGUUUCUCAAUAAGGGGCAUGAGCAACAACAACCCUCAAUUGAACCGGAAUUUAACACAAGGCACUCAGUUCCCGAGCCAUAGCACCCCAACAACAGGCGUCCCAACAAUGUCCCUCCACACACCACCUUCGCCGAACAGGGGCAUCCUGCCUAUGAACUCCAGGAACAUGAUGAGUUCGCAGGUAGGGCAGGGCAUGGGCAUGAGCGGCAGGACCAACAGCAUGGGCAGUUCUGGCCUGGGUAGCCCUAACCGCAGCUCUCCUAGCAUUAUCUGCAUGCCCAAGCAGCAGCCAGCACGUCAGCCAUUCACCAUCAACAGUAUGUCAGGAUUUGGAAUGGGCCGGAGCCAGGGGUUUGGCAUGAACUCCUUAUCCAAUAACAUCUUCAACGGGACAGAUGGGAGUGAAAAUGUGACAGGAAUAGACCUCUCAGAAUUCCCAGCACUUGCAGACAGAAGUCGGAGGGAGGGAAACGGCAACCCAACACCGUUGCAUAAUCCGCUGGCUGGAAGGGCACCCUAUGUUGGAAUGGUCACAAAGCCAUCGAACGAACAGUCGCAGGACUUUUCCAUUCACAACGAAGACUUCCCAGCCCUGCCCGGGCCCAACUACAAGGACCCGACAUUGAGCACGGAUGAAAGCAAAUCAAGCUUGAACUCUUCAGGAAAGGGCAGCUCAAGUGCAGAUGGACCCAAGUUUCCUGGCGACAAGACAUCAUCAGCACAGAAUAACAACCAGCAAAAGAAGGGGAUCCAGGUGUUGCCUGAUGGCAAGGUAACAAACAUUCCCUUAGGAAUGGUGACAGAUCAGUUUGGAAUGAUUGGACUCCUGACAUUCAUCCGGGCAGCUGAGACGGACCCUGGGAUGGUUCACCUGGCUUUAGGAAGCGACCUAACAACGCUAGGACUCAACCUCAACUCUCCAGAGAAUCUGUAUCCUAAGUUUGCAUCUCCCUGGGCUUCAGCUCCAUGUCGACCUCAAGACAUUGACUUCCAUGUUCCCUCAGAGUACUUAACCAACAUUCACAUAAGGGACAAGCUGGCUGCAAUAAAACUGGGACGAUAUGGUGAAGACCUGCUCUUUUACCUCUACUACAUGAACGGAGGAGACCUCUUACAACUCCUCUCUGCUGUUGAGCUCUUCAACCGGGACUGGCGGUACCAUAAAGAGGAAAGGGUUUGGAUCACAAGAGCACCUGGCAUGGAGCCCACGCUAAAGACCAACACCUACGAGAGAGGAACAUACUACUUCUUUGAUUGUCAUAACUGGAGGAAGGUCGCUAAGGUAAAGAUACUGAAUUCAGUGUCCUCCUUCAGCUACAGACACUUGCUGAUAGUCUUUUGCUCACAUGGGUAA